AAUAAAAAAAGAUUAAACAUUGAGGAUAUAUUCGAGCCUUUUCCCAAAAAAUUAUUUUAGCCUAAAUAAUUAAAUUACGACUACUGGAAGUUUCAGCUGGUUUCAUCGUACGGCACGAACCUCAAACCCCAAAAAGAUCGUAUUUUUCGAAUCACCGCCGCCGGAAAAUGGAGAGCGAGAACACUCCUCAGCUCAGAAACGUCAAAACCCACAUUUCCCAUCACUCUCUCUGUCUUCCCGAAGAAAUUAUCGAGGAAAUCCUGCAAAGACUUCCGGUGAAUUCCCUCUUGAAAUUCAGGUGCGUUUCGAAAUCAUGGCGCUCUUUAAUCGACAGCAGACGUUUCAUCCAGAAACACCUCGAUUAUUCGGCGGAAAACGCCCAGCACGGGAUCAUUUUAAACUCGCUCGGACCCGAUCGCGGGCUGAAGCAAUGCUCUCUGCGCUCGAUGCUGGAUGAUCCGUUUACCAAUCAAUUUAGGGUUUGUGAUUCGCUGAAUAUUGGGAAGGGUUCAAUUUCUGUUGUGGGUAGCUGUAAUGGGCUUGUGUGUAUUCUUCACGAAUUAAAACAUUUCAUUUUGUGGAACCCAUCUACUAGAAUGUCUAGGAAAUUGCCUGAUCUAGAUCACAAAAGUAAGAGAGGGCACAUCACGAGCUGUGGGUUCGGAUUUGAUUACUUGAGUGGCGAUUACAAGGUUUUUGGGAUUUUAUCUAUAUUCUGGGUUACUGCUAGAUACGAGGCCAUAUCGAAAGUUUAUAGUUUGGAGACAAAUUCAUGGAAAUCAGUUAAAAUUGGGGGUGUUCCUCUCUUUAGUGAGCAAGGGAAGUUUGCGAGUGGGAAGCUUCACUGGCACAGGACUGUGGGUUUGAGUUCCGAUAUUGCCUCUUUCGACUUGAGGAGUGAGGCGUAUGGUGUGGUUGAGCUGCCCUGUUACUUGAGGGGUGGUUGCGUCGUGUCCAUGGAAGUGAUAAGGGGUUGCCUUAGCAUUCUUUGUGACUAUCCAAGUGGCUUCAAUGUUUGGAUUAUGAAGCAGUAUGGGGUGAGGGAGUCUUGGCAGAAAGUGGCAACGGUUCCUCAACUUGAUAAUAAUCCUGUGCCGUGUUUGAAUACGUUCCCGGCCCUGCUUGCCCUAGGUCCGAAAGGGGAGGUUGUGCUAACCCAUGGAUCAACUUUUGUGAUAUACUGUCCCGAGGAUGAUGGGUAUCGCCAUUUCCAGGUAAAGAACCUUGCACCGUUUCGUGAUGCUAAUGUUUAUGUUGAAAGUUUAGUCUCGCUCACUCGUUGUGACGAGCAAGAGGCGUAGUGGAAUGACAGAUCAAACAAGUCGAUGAAUGCACUUGAUUAUUCAUCAAUAUUAGCGGGACUCAGUUGGAUGCCCCUGGUACUCGGAGAGAUAUGUCUAUGUCUCCUAUCAUCUCUAUUCUUGCAAACAAUCCUCUCACCAGUCCGAACUAUGUUGAAUGGAAACGCCAUCUUAUGUAUAUUCUUGACGAGCACAGUUUUGUGCUCACUACUCCACGUCCCGCGGCCCUUACUGAUGAGUCGACUGAUGUGGAACGAGAGGCGCAUAAAAGGUGGCAAGUCAAAUAAUGUGGCCAAAGUGCUAUAUUAUGAUGACUAUGUCACAAACCUUGCAACUCCAACAUCAGGUCAUGAAUGACGCGAUUGACAUCAUGUUGAACCUCCCUGAGGAAGAGUUGUUGAGUUACUAGAUGCUCUUGAAACUAUGGUGAAGGAUAAACAACAAAUCCCACCCCGAGCCAUGAUCUUGAGCAGGAAAUAUCGGACUCUAGUUAGCUCUUGGAUUGAGCUUUUGCAAGAAGAAGCUGAACUUGGGCAUGAAAUUGAUUAUAUUGCCAGGUUUAAUUCUUUCAAAUUAUAUUAUUCUCAAGAGAGCUAUUCUGUAUGAUUUCAUUUCCUUUCAUGUGCCUUUAUUUUAAUCAUUCUACUAGGCUGUUGAAUUGACUUCUUUUUUGUGCUCUCUUUAUUUAGCAUAUUUUGUUUGGUUUAGGCGAGUAUUGAUGCAUUGUAUUUUUUUUUUGAGCAUAUCUUUUGUAUUUCUGAAUCUUUCAACUUUGCUUUGUUUCCUGAUAUGCAUCUAAUAUUGAAUAUUGUUUGUAGAA